AUGGGGGUCAAUAUUAAACGAAAGUCCACUUUACCCAGACGGUCCAUGGCUGAUCAACAUGACUGUCAUGGUAUCAGUCGUCCUCCAGUGGACUCCGGAGCAACUGCCGGGCAGAGCUGGUUCCCUGGACCCCCUCCGCCCAUGUAUUCAUGCACCCUGACCCCUGAACUGGAGGCCAAGGCACGGGAGGAGCUCCAGGAGAAGCCAGAGUGGCGCCUCCGUGAUGUUCAAGCACUGAGAGACAUGAUUUUAAAGGAACAACCCAAUCUCAGGACUCGACUCGAUGACACCUUUCUGCUUCGGUUUCUGCGGGCAAGGAAGUUUGACUAUGACCGUGCCUUGCAGUUGUUGCUCAAUUACCAUGCAGGCCGUAAGGCCUGGCCAGAGGUGUUCCAGGACCUGAGGCCGUCCACAGUCAAACAUGUGCUAGACCUGGGCUUUCUAACAGUACUACCAAGGCCAGACCCCAGCGGGAGAUACAUUCUCUGUCUAAGACCAGGAAAAUGGAAACCAAAUGAUUAUCCAUUUGUUGACAAUGUGAGGGCCAUUUAUCUGACUCUGGAGAAGUUGAUCCAACCAGAAGAAACACAGGUGAAUGGCAUAGUCAUCUUAGCCGACUACACUGGAGUGGGAAUGUCACAGGCAUCCAAUCCAGGACCAUUUCUUGCCAAAAAAGUAGUGAGCAUUCUUCAGGAUGGCUUUCCAAUCAGAAUCAAGGCAGUUAACAUAAUUAACGAGCCCAGGAUCUUCAAAGGCCUCUUUGCAAUAAUCAAGCCCUUUCUAAAGGAGAAAAUGGCAGAGAGGUACGUUCUCCAUGGCUCAGACCUGCGCUCUCUGCACCGAAACAUUCCAGCUUUGGUUUUGCCAGAAGAAUACGGCGGCACCGCUGGUCGUUUAGACAUGAACGCUUGGUCCAGACUGCUGCUUGACUGUGAGGAGGAAUUCAUAGUAGAAUUCUGCCAGCCAGAUCCACUAGAGGGCGUGGUACUUCCAGAUUCCAUGCUGUUUGAGGGAGAGCAAGCCAGUGGGAAGGAUGACGACACCUUCAGGGGCCUGCGUUCUCAGUUAUACUACUGUUACUGAUGCACAGUACACACACACACUCCUGUCACUGAGAGGAUAUUCGCUGUUUCAUCUGAAACAUAGGACUUAAAUAGGGCAAGUUGCCAGCAUUGUACAUGAUAUAUUUUAUUAGCUACACAGCACUAUUGAGGAAAAUAAUUUUCAAUUCACUCACAAUCCAGCAUUCAAUAAUUGAUCAAAGGCAGCUCUUGGUUCUCUGGUGAAGAGGCUUUCGAUAUGAGCCUAUGCAUGUUAAGUCAUUGUUGGAGUUUAUUGUUACUAGUGUUCAAGGGAUAGGCUCACGUUUACAUGUUACAAAGUUUUGUGCACAUGUUUGUGUUAAAACAGGUUUCACUCGUCAAAAUUCUGAGAAACACUACAAUGUUCUUUUCUGGUAUGCUUUUGGAUGAAGAUCCAGCCCUACAUUAUGGCUGGCUUAUGAUUCAUAACAACUUGUUAGAUAAAAUGAGUGAGUGUCAUAAAACAAAAUGAUGUCCGCACUAAUAGCAGCUAAACAGAGAGAACAAACAUAGAAAUAUAUUUAAAAACAGUUAAUGUCACAUCAUAGGUUUGGCAACUGGAGGUUGCUCAGGAUCAAAUAGGCAUAAGCUGUUGUGUUGGAUGUUUGAAAAGAUCUUCUGUGGGAAAUUGUAUCUCUUAUCUUAUUUUAAUUUUAUUGGAAGAAGAUUUUCAUCUUAAAAGGAGGAUUCAUUACAGGAUAUAAAGAUAAAUGGCCAUUUGACCAGCAUUUAAAGACAAGUGAAAAACUUCCAUUUUGUCAUUUAAUACUGGUUACUUUUAAGUUAUGCUAUAGUUCAGUGAAUAUUCUUCAAUAUUUCAUAUUCCUCAUAAAAGAACCAUUGCAUUCUUAUUUAUGCUUAAUCCAUGUUCAAAUAUAUCCCCUAAAAUUCACCCAAAAACAAACCAUUUAAAUUACAACUACAACAUUGCCUUAAAUUGUUGUAAUAAUUAUGUUGGAAUCCUGAAAACGACAACAAUAUUCAUUCAUUUGAAUACAUUGGUUACUGUCUGCAAGAUGGCUAAGGAAGAAUGUACUGGUAAGGUUUUGGCUUUAUAUGUAACUCACAAAGUGUUUUAAACAGUGUCAAAGCUUUGAUUUUGUGGCCUAAAUGAUUUAAGUUUUGGGAAUUUGCCUUGUGAUUUUAUUUGAUUAAUUUGCCUCUGUUUGAUCACACAGUCUUAAUCUUUGGCCAUUGCUAAACACGACAGUUACAUGGGGAAUGAGUAAUUGAGGAUUGACUUUAUAAACAUCUGGUUUGCCAAAUAGUCAUGCCAAAUCUGAAAAAAUCGUUACGUCUUUUCUUCUUGCGUACACCAAAGCUAGCUCAGCAACUUUGGUUCACUCUUUUAUAUUUUUUAUUCCAAACAUGUACAUGCCUGUGACUAGAAGCUGUAUUUUGUUGCAGAAUAUUUAUUGCUGAUAAUGAUUACAGUAAAGUAAAGCUAAGAUAAAGAAAAAGCUAUUUGUGUCGUGUACAUGCUGUGGUUCUCAAAGGAUGGGUCCGUAUAGAAAAUAUGUGAAACCUUUGUUCUGAAUUAAUGCCAGGAUUGCUAUUCAAAAAGAAAAAAAAGCCAAACUUUAAAAUGCACACAAGACAAAGUUAAGUUGUGUAUCAAAUUGGUAUAAUCAUAGUUUGUUAAUCUUUCCCACAGUGAGAAUAUUCUGGCAGUAAGACUGAAAAUUGCAUCAUACUGUAAGAGACUUUGUAAUAGAAACACAUUAGGCUUUAUAAACAAUGAAGGCCAUCCACUACCAUAUAUCAGCCAACGCAGAGAAGUGUCUUUAAUAGCCAUAGCAGAGAUAACAGCCCGGGGGUUCCAUAAAAUCUUUUUUCUAUAGGCUCUUUCAUUUUUUUAAAUCGUACUAUUAUUCUUGCUUUCUCAUAUCAGACUUGCAAAGGGUUUGGAACCCAAUCCAGCAGACUGUAUACCCUGGACUGAUCACUAGUCCAUUACAGGGCUAACACAGAUGUAAAAAAAACAAUUAUGCAAACUGGCACUUGUGAUGAAACAGAUAAGUAACUAACCUGCUCUAUUGUGUGUUUGAUCUAUUGGAGGAAAUUCUAAUAUCUAGUUAAAAACAUAGACCCGAGUGAAUGUUUAACACACUAAUGAUUUUCCUCAAAAAUUCUAAAGUGAGUAAGUUCUUCCUAUGUGUCAUUGUGAUCUCAUAAGCUAAAUCCAUGCCCUAUUGUCAGUGUGCAUUGUGAUUCUGA